AUUUAGCAGCAGUAGCGGACCCAGCAUGAAGCCAAUGGUUUUACCUCUGAUUCUUCUUUGCCUGCACAUUGUCAUAGGAAUUCCUCUUCCAGAUAAUGCAGAAAGAUAUGUGUGUGGAAUGAAAAACAUGAAUAUUUUAGACAUCAAUAAAGAUGCAGGCUUGAAUCUGUUUGAGGGAGACAUCAUGUUGGCAGAUACACACCAAAGAAACACAAUCAUUGGAGAUGAAUAUAGGUGGCCAAUACCUGUUCCGUAUGUUUUAGAGGACGAUUUAGACAUCAGUGCAAAAGCAGCAGUUCUAGAAGGUUUUGAACGUUUUCGACUGAAAACGUGUAUUGAUUUCAAACCAUGGGAAGGUGAACAGAAUUAUAUCUCUGUCUUUAAAGGCGAUGGCUGCUAUUCUUAUGUUGGGAAUUUACGACGAGGAAAGCAACAACUCUCAUUGGGAACUGGCUGUGAUUACGUAAUGACAAGUCAACAUGAGUUCCUUCAUGCUCUGGGAUUUUGGCACGAACAAUCUCGAUCUGACAGGGAUGACUAUGUCACUAUUAUGUGGGACAGAAUUCAGCCAGGAUGGGAAUACAGCUUCGAUAUGUAUGAUGAUACACGAAUAGACUCUUUGAAUGUGCCAUAUGACUACACUUCUCUCAUGCACUAUAGUAAAACAGCUUUCCAGAUUGGAACGGAACCAACCAUUGUCACUAAGGAUCCUGCUUUCAAUGAUGUGAUCGGACAGGGGAUGGAUUUUAGCGACUAUGAUCUUGAGAAACUGAGUCGAUUAUACAAAUGCUCCUCCAGCAUUACCUUUAUGGACACAUGUACCUUUGAGGUCAAUAAUAUCUGUGGCAUGAUACAAGGUAAAGGAGAUAAUGGUGACUGGAAUCGUGUUCUUCAUAGCACUGCUGGGCCCAGUAAUGAUCAUACUCACCUAGGGACCUGCAAAGACAGCGGUUAUUACAUGCACUUCAGCACCAGUACAGGUAAUGCUGGGGAAAAGGCUGUGCUGGAAAGCAGACUAUUCUAUCCAAAUAGGGGAUUUCAAUGUCUGGAGUUCUUCUAUUACUACAAUGGAAAUGAGAAUGAUGCACUGAAUAUUUGGAUCAGGGAAUACACAAAAGCCUAUCCCAAUGGCAUUCUGACAUUCAUCACCAGCAUUAAAGGAAAUCCGGCAGAAUAUUGGCAGCUCCAUCAUGUUUCUUUAAAUGUAAAUAACAAAUUCCGUGUCGUGUUUGAGGGGGUUAAAGGAAAUGGACCAAGCAAUGGAGGGUUUGCCAUAGAUGACAUUAACUUGUCCGAAGCUCUCUGCCCUCACUAUAUUUGGCACAUCAGAAAUUUUGCGAAUCAGUCCCUACAAGAGAGUGGAGUUUUCAGUCCCCCAUUUUAUUCCGAAGAUGGUUAUGCAUAUCAGAUAUAUAUUGGACCCGAUGGUCGACAUGACAAGCCAAAUCAACGUGCAAUGUUUUUCUUCCUGAUAUCAGGAGCAAAUGAUGAUACACUGCAAUGGCCAUGUUCUUUAAAACAGGCAACUAUGGAGCUUAUGGAUCAGAAUCCAGAUAUCCGAAAACGCAUAUCAAAUCCGAUGCACAUCAUAACAUAUCCUACAGAGGUGUACAGUAAUGGUGUCUUAUUCUGGGACAAACCAUCAAAGAUUGGAUGGCUCCACAAAUUCCCUAAUGGAACUGAAUUCUUUCGUGGGCCUGGAUUGGGAGCCUUGGACUUCAUUAGCCAUGACAGACUUCACAGCAGAGACUUUUUAAAGGGAGGAGAUGCCUUUAUUCUGGUAUCUGCAAAGGAUAUUUCACAUCUAAAUGCAUCUCAGCCAUCUCAGCCAUCUCAGCCAUCUCAGCCAUCUCAGCCAACUCCUAUCCCCGCCACCACACAGCCUACAGAAGUUCAUAAAGAAUGUGAAGGUUACGGGUGUAAAAAUGAUGGAAUAUGCAUCCUUGAGAAUGGGACACCUGUGUGCAGGUGCAAGGUUACUAAAGACUGGUGGUAUGUUGGAGAGAAAUGUGAAAGGAAAGUCUCAAGCCAAAACACACUUGUGAUAGCAGUCUCCUCUUCAGUGACCAUAUUUGCUGUUAUGCUGAUUAUCACACUCACAAGUGUAUUUUGCUUGAAAAAGAAACACAAGAAGCAACUAGCAAACACUGGAAAAGCUCAAACGACUAGAAAUCAAUAUGUGUCUUAAAAGCAACAGAAGUUUGUGCAAUAAUCAUGGAAAUUAACUACAUAAUUACUACAGCAAGAUAUUCAGCAGCAAUCCUCUUACUGUCUACAAAAAAAAUUAUGAUUUGGGAAAUCAAUCAGCUAUCACACUACAAGAUAUCCUCAAGCCAUGCAAGAAAAAUAUAAAAUAAAGCCUUUACCGUGUUUUUUUUUAUUGUUACUUAGUUUCUUGAGUUAUUUUAAUCAUUGACAUUUCAGCAGCUAAUAAUUCCUAACACAAAAAUAAAGCAGACUAUUUACUCAGAAUUCAGGACUGGUUUAAUCAGUAGCAACAUGAAUAUACUUCUGAAUAAACUGCCUGCUCACAAUCUUUGACUUUUUAAGGAAAGCGGAAAACAGGGCAUUAGCCUGACUUUAUAAAACAUGCUGGAAUAAAAUAAACAACUUUUUCUUUCUUUUUUUUUUUCGGUGGAGAAAAACAAAAAUGCAAUCAAAUAAAAGCAAUAAAGUUACAUAUGUGGCAGAAAUAAGGUUGUAGUGAAUUAUAACUUUUAUGGAAUUUAUCUUUUUACUAUACAUUCAGAUAAAAAGACUCUCUAGGUUAAAGGGGAACUCUGGCAUCCAAACCAAAAUUCAAUAAAGAGACCCACAUAACACAGAAACCCCUAAUAUAUCCAUCACAGUUACCUG